UGAAGUGUUCAUGAUUGGAUUUCAUUGUAUUUUGUGUUUUAUUGUAUAUGGCAGCAAUACUGGACCUCCCCAGGCCUUCUUCGCUGCUACCACCCGUCUUACUCAGAGGCGACGAGAAGAGAAGGACAUUCACAAGGAACUUGAUUUGACUCUAAAUUCCCAAAGAGUCAGGAAAGAGACGUUGGAACAGAAAGAGAUCAAGAUCAAGGAGAGACUGAAGAAUUUUGACCAGUAUCUCAAGUUUCAGGAGCCUUGGCAGCUCAUCUCCCGUGUAGACACGCGGAUGCAGAUGAAGGAGGAGCUGUUGGGGAGCUCCCUGCAGGGCCAGGCCGCUGCCGAGAACAUCCGCGCUCGGCUCACCCACUACAUGGAGCAGAACGACGACAAGAUCCUGUACUACAACAACACACUGGCCACACUGCAGAGUGAACUGGACACAGCCCGCGCCGAGUCCAGCCUCUGGGAAUCCACAUGGGUCCAUAUACAAAACACUGCAGCCAAGAAGACUUUGUUGCUGGGCACGAUCAAAAUGGCAACGUUGAACAUCUACCAAACCAUGUGCAAGAAGGCCAAAGAUGAAAAGGAAGCAAUAGCUGCUGAUGACACUCUGAAGCAACUGGACAAGAUCGAGACUUUUUUCCUUAAUCUGAAUUCAGUAUGGGAGGAAAUAUGCAAAACAGACAAGGUGUCGAAACCCUGACUGCAUUUUUCUUUCUACCUUAAAAAAUAAACAUUGAAUUAAAACACAAAACAGACAGAUGGA